AAGAGAACAUCAUCGUGGGUUUUACUAGGGUUUUAGAGAAGACGACCUGAUUUGCGGCGAUUUCUUCUUCCUAUUAUCACUCAUGAACAAUUUUCUGAGAAAAUAUUUGUUUCUUCGAGCAGAAACUCUCUCCUAAAGAUCGUAGCUAUUGCUACUGCUGGAUCUGGUUUCCUUUACGCAAACUGCAAUUCCAAUUACGAAACCAGGGUUUCUCUGUCAAUUCCUGCACAGUUGCGUGAAUCGGGAUUGCUUCCAUGGCAAUUCUCGGAGAUUUCGACGCCAUAGCUUUUGUCUAUUCCAGCUGGUUUUUGGAAUCUUGGAAAUCUUUGGCAAUUUUCAACAAGGGUCAGUCCUGAGCCUGCUGGGGAUGUAAAAAAGGAAGUUCCUUUCGAAGUUGGUGAUGAUGCAAAACCAUACAGCAGAUGUCUAGGUAGAGAUAGUAUUGCUAAUGCUGCUGCAAAAGUUGCUCCUGCUGUUGUCAACUUGUCUGUUCCUCAGGGUAUUGUGUUGAGAAUUGAGACUACAGAGUUCCAUAUUGAGUU